UUUUCGUCACCAGCCCAAAUCAUUUCUUGAAACAGACAAAUCCUUCCACAUGCAGGUCUUAAAAAAAUCCAAUCAAACCUUAGCUAACAAAGGCUUUAAUAUUCAAAAGCAAUCCACAAUUUCCUCUGUCUGAGUCAUAAAUACAUGCAUAAUUGCAUGUGCCGUAGCCUGUAAGAACUCUAUCUCCACAGCCACAUAAUCACAAAGAAAAACAUCAUCAAGAUGGACAAUAUUGAAGAAGAGAUUGCAGCACAAAAUGGCAAUUUGGAAGAGAGCUCAAGUGCAAAAGAUGGUUCAAUUUGUGGGUAUGAGUCCCUUCACCACCUUCUAAGUGUCAAUCUUAAGCCUCAUCUAUACAAGGAAGUCAGUCGCUUGCUUAUUGGACUGAAUUGUGGAAAACCUCUCGAGCUUAUUGCUCUCCCGGAAUCUGCAAAAGCUCUCUCUUCGAAACAUGAUUUUGACCUCCAGGCCUUUUCCUUUGAUGCUGACAAGGAGUUGGUGCGAGAACCUCGAGUAGUCAGGGUGGGUCUCAUUCAGAACUCUGUAGCUCUUCCAACAACUGCCCCCUUAUUGGACCAAAAAAGAGCUAUCUUUCAGAAAUUGAAGCCAAUCAUUGAUUCUGCAGGUGCUUCAGGAGUCAACAUAUUAUGCUUACAGGAAGCAUGGAUGAUGCCAUUUGCAUUUUGUACCCGGGAGAAGAGGUGGUGUGAAUUUGCAGAGCCUGUUGACGGGGAAUCAACACAUUUUCUUCAGGAAUAUGCGCGGAAAUACAACAUGGUCAUUAUAAAUCCAAUUCUUGAGAGAGAUGUUAAUCAUGGAGAGACUCUCUGGAACACUGCUAUUGUAAUUGGAAACCGUGGAAACAUAAUUGGCAAGCAUCGGAAGAACCAUAUACCUAGAGUCGGUGAUUUCAAUGAAAGCACGUAUUACAUGGAAGGAAAUACCGGGCAUCCUGUGUUUGAGACGGCUUAUGGAAAGAUUGCUGUCAAUAUAUGUUAUGGGAGGCACCAUCCAUUGAAUUGGUUAGCAUUUGGCCUGAAUGGUGCAGAGAUUGUUUUCAAUCCUUCUGCAACUGUUGGUGAACUCAGCGAACCAAUGUGGCCUAUUGAGGCUCGUAAUGCUGCCAUAGCUAACAGCUACUUUGUUGGGUCAAUCAAUCGUGUUGGAACUGAGACAUUCCCUAAUCCAUUUACUUCCGGCGAUGGGAAGCCACAACAUGCAGAUUUUGGGCAUUUCUACGGGUCUAGUCAUUUUUCAGCUCCAGAUGCUUCUGGCACACCCUCCCUCUCACGUUACAAGGAUGGAUUAUUGAUCUCAGACAUGGAUCUAAACCUCUGUAGGCAGCUGAAAGACAAGUGGGGAUUUCGGAUGACUGCUCGGUAUGAGUUAUACGCUGACAUGCUUUCCCGUUACUUGAAGCCAGACUUUGAGCCCCAAGUCAUCUCCGAUCCCCUGUUACAUACGAAGUCUCUGUAACUCUCAGGAGUUGAAACUUGCAAUCUGUGAAAAAUACAAGCUGUCGCUGGAUUGUAUCUUGAAUCAUCCUCUGAAAUAAAGAAUUCAUGUUUGUAAAUAUUCAGACACCUUUUAUCUGUUGAUGAACUAAGGAUUGAAUGACAAUAAAAGAAGUUUAACAGACCCUUUUGGGACU